AUGACAACAAUUGAUGCUCGUGUUCCGGAUGCGUACGAUGAUGAUUGUGAGUAUGGAUGCGCAAAUGCAGCUCUGCCCCCUGCCAGAACCAACCGCAGGCCUCAGACUGUGCGCUACGACAUCUUGUGUGGCCAGCGCUUCUCAGCGAAUUGCCGGCUGCCAGCCAGGUACAGCAGCCCCUUGCUUCUCCACGCUCAUGUGCCAGUGGAGCCUGCGGUGCGCUACCGCUUUCGACUGGCAUCCAACCAGACGGCUGGCACGACACCCUGGCGGAACUUGAAGGGUCUUCCGAAACGGGGAGACGAGCUCAAAGUUGCUGUCAUAGGCGACCUUGGGCAGACCGCCUUCAGCGAGGCCACCUGCCGUGACGUGGCGAAGGUGCACAGAAGCGACGGCCUCGACCUGGGCGUGCUGCUAGGAGAUUUAUCCUAUGCCGACACGAAUGCAAGCAGGUGGGAUUCUUUUCAGCGCAUGUUUGACACGUCCGGAUGCGCCGACAUCCCUUGGGUGGUGCUUCCCGGAAAUCAC